CAGUUCAUCCCAGUCGAUUGCCCAGUGCAUUCAGUAUCCAAAACCGGAGAAACCAAUCCAGAAUCAAUAUGAAAUUCUUCUCAGUCGUCACCGUCUUUGUGCUCGGUCUGCUGGCUGUGGCCAAUGCUGUUCCACUGUCGCCCGAUCCAGGAAACGUGAUCAUCAACGGUGACUGCAAGGUUUGCAAUGUACACGGGGGCAAGUAGGAAGCUUCCUGUCCAAGGAUUAAGAAACCUUCGCACUUAAACAUAAUAGUUGUAACCAUUUAAGCUGAAAUUCUGCAUAGCAUUUAGAAUGCCAAUCAAAGAAAUACAUGAAAGGAGAGGAAUUAACUUCCUUUCACACUAAAAAAAACCAA